AUGGUUCAGACCAAGGAUCAAAAGGAUGGCGGAACAUCCCCAGAAAGGCCGCAGGUCGCCUUCCUAGGCCCUCCGUCCUCCUUCACACACCAGGCCACCAAGUCAGCCUUCUCAGAAGAUGACCACACCCUCACCCCUGUGGCCACGAUAAAGGACGUCUUCGACGCCGUGGCCGCCGGCGCCGCGGACUACGGCGUCGUGCCCUUUGAGAACUCGACACACGGCGUUGUCACCUUCACGCUGGGCCACCUGGCCGACCGCGGGGGCGACUACGGGACCCUGAGCGUUUGUGGCGAGGUGUACAUCGACGUGCACCACUUCCUGCUCGGCCGCGCGCGGAGGGGUACGACGGAUCAUCAGCAGCAGGGGGACACCGCCACCCCUGCCGACUCGGGAGCACCACCAGCAGCAACGGCGGGGGGCAAGCCCCUGUACGACCUGUCACACAUCCGACGCGUCUACAGCCACCCACAGGCGUUCGGGCAGACGCAGGCCUUCCUGUCCGCCCACCUGCCACCCGGCGUCGAGACUAUCGACGUCAGCUCGACGAGCAAGGCGGCCGAGAUGGCCGGGGCCGACUCCUCGGGCGAGACGGCCGCCAUCUCCAACGAGAGCGCGGCGGCGGCGUUCGGGCUCGACGUGCUGGCGCGGUGCAUCGAGGACCGGGACGACAACACGACGCGGUUCUUUGUGCUGCGGCGCGGGAGGGCUGGUGCCGGCGAGGGGGAGGGCAAGGAGGGAUGGGCAGUGGCGGCAGAGGCACAGGCCAAAGGCCGCAAGAGCCUCGUCUCGUUCACGGUGCCGCACCGGGCCCCCGGGGCGCUGGCCGCGGUCCUGGACGUGUUUAGGAAGGUCGGGCUGAACCUGACGAGCAUCAACAGCCUGCCCAGCCUGAUCCAGCCCUUCCAGUACCUUUUCCUCGUCGAGUUUGACGGCAGCAGGUAUCACGACCCGGAGGGCAAGGUGGAGGCGGCGCUGGGCGAGGUGGCCAAGGUGGCCGAGAGCUCAAGGUGGUUGGGGAGCUGGGAGAACCGACGGUAG